UGUGUGUAAGGUUAUGGCUCUAACAGAGUCUUUUAUAAAUAUUCUUAUCAGUAAUGCAUAUUGAAAUCACUUCCUUUAUUUACUUAUUUGUUAUUAAUUGAUUCAUUGCUUCCUCAUUUGGGGCCUUGCCAACUGACUCCAUUUUGAUUCUGACAAGCUUCAGAGUCUUGCAAAUCAAAGAACCUCCAGACUGGAAGGCCUGUGUUUCAGAAUCCCCAGGGAGAUCACAGGAGUCAGGUAAAGCACAAAGCCAAAGGUGGCACAGCUCUGCGCUUUGCAGUCCCCUCGGGCCUCGGCGCUGGUCUGCUGGAAAUGAUCCGGUGCUGCGCUGGGAUCUACCGACAACCGGAGAGCUGAAAUGUCUCAAGACACAUCCCCAAAUUCAGAGGAUGCCCACCCCACGCACUUGAGAAAGGAAGCAGGAAAAGGACAAAUUGCAACAGCCACUGCACUUCCUUCAUGCCUCACUCUUGGAACCAGCAGAAAGCAGCUUGCCUGGGAGAAGAGCCCUAGCAGAGGGAGAGAUGCUUGCCUCAGCACAGACGCACCACAGAGGGCGCUCAGUCUGUACGUGUGGCUUUGCAUUUCCUCAGAAAGGGAUAGCUUUCCCCAGCUUUUCUGCAAAAGGAUUUAUCGGGGGAGGGGGGGCACCAUGGGCUCCGUGAAUUCCAGAGGUCACAAGGCAGAAGCACAGGUGGUCAUGAUGGGCCUCGACUCCGCCGGCAAGACCACCAUCCUGUACAAACUGAAAGGAAACCCACUGGUGGAGACCCUACCCACUGUAGGUUUCAAUGUAGAGCCUCUUGAGGUUCCUGGACAUGUGCCACUGAUUCUCUGGGACAUUGGGGGACAGACCCAGCUUAGGGCUACCUGGAAGGACUACCUGGAAGGCACUGACAUCCUCGUGUAUGUACUAGACAGCACAGAUGAAGCCCGCUUGCCUGAGGCAGUAGCUGAGCUUACAGAAGUCUUGGAAGAUCCCAACAUGGCCAGCAUCCCUUUCCUCGUACUGGCCAACAAGCAGGAGGUGCCUGAUGCUCUACCAUUGCUUGAAAUCAGAAAUAGGCUGGGCCUGGAGAGGUUCCAAGACCGUUCCUGGGAGCUCCAAGCCUGCAGUGCUCUCACGGGCCAGGGGCUGCAGGAAGCCCUACAGAGCUUAUUGCACUUGCUGAGAUCCUGCUGAAAUGCAGUACACUGUGACUGCAGGCAGGAGCAGGCAGAAUGGCUUACCCCUGCUGCUAUGAAUAGGAAGGGCCAACUGAUCCUUUGGAAAGUGAAGCUCAAUUUACCACACUAGAAAUCAUUCUUCUCUUGGACAGAAUAUUUUCUUCUCAGGACUUAUGGCAGUUAUGCUGAAAACCAAAUGUUCUUCAAGGGAAUAUAAUUAACCUCAAAUAUACUUCAUGUAGCAGGGCCAUACCAAGCAACAACGUAAGAAAGUUGGUGACAUAAUAAUUGAGAAUCAAAUGUACAAACUAAAAGAGGUUUUAAAACUGUAUCUGAGGGUCACCUGGACCUACUGCUGUCAUCAGGAGCGAUUCUCCUGCUGGCUUUUGGACAGGAGCCAGUAUCACUCUCACAAUAUCUGGGCUGGCAGCAGAGAGGGGCCGGUCUGCUCCCACAAUGUUAUAGAAGUCCAUGGAGCCCUGGAGCCUUCUAGAAUUUAUCCUACUCUCCAAUUCUGUCCAACUCUUCCCUGCCCUACAUCCAUCUUAUGUUGUAAAGAUAAAUAAAUAAACUAGCACUCCACUUGUA